AUGACCAUGUCACACGUUGUUGCUAAAUUGGGUGAUUUGCGGUUUCGUGUUUUGGAUUUAGCUGGCCUGGAGGCUGAGGCGUCUUCAGGUUCUGUUCUUGGGAGAACUGCUGCCAUGACAGAAGAUGUGCUGUCAAGGGCCUCCUUUAUUCUCUUUCUCAUUGAUGCAAGAGAUGGACUGCAACCCAUGGAUUUGGAUGUUGGAAAGUGGUUAAGAAAGCAUGCAGCGGGUAUCAAGACUGUUGUCGUAAUGAAUAAAGCGGAGCUGCUUGAUGACAUUAAUGGUACUCUAGCUUCUGCUGCUGGUGAGGCUUAUACAUUAGGUUUUGGUGAUCCCAUUUCUCUGUCUGCUGAAACCGGAUUUGGGAUGACGGAGUUGUAUGAAGCUCUGAGGCCAUACCUGGAAGACUUUGUACUCAAGUUCAUAGAUGGUUGGUUGGAGAGGACAAAGCAGGACAAGGGUCCAUCAUCGUUGAGCAUUGCGCAGACGAGAAAGCAUCUCAUGAGGGCUCACAUAGUUGCUUUGGUUCUUCAUGCUGAAGAGGUCUAUUGCAAAGGUAGACGUAGCGUGAAUCAUGCUGAAGUAGUGAUUGCCAGGCGGGCUGUCGAGGAAGGGCGAGGUUUGGUGGUUGUGGUUAACAAGAUGGAUCUUUUGAGAGGGAAAAACAAUGCAAAAAUGUACCAAAGUGUCAUCAAUGCCGUACCUGAAGAAAUUCAGACUGUAAUACCGCAGGUGACGGGUAUACCCGUGGUAUUUGUUUCUGCAAUAGAAGGUAAAGGCCGGUUGUCUAUGAUGCGCCAAGUCAUCGAUACAUACGAGAAAUGGUGCUGCAGGCUGUCGACAGCUCGUCUCAACCGCUGGCUUCGCAAGGUUAUGAGUAGGCAUUCUUGGAAAGAUGAGUCAGCCCAACCAAAGGCGAAGUACUUGACUCAGGAUGUUUUGAAAUGGGAUUUUAGAAUUGAGUUUGAUUAUUGA